AUGCUAAUAUUUUUCUUAACAAUUUUCCAAGCAUGAGGAAGAUCAUUCAGCUCUAUUGGCACUAUAACCCCAGCUGAUAUUUUACCAAUAAACCCUUCUAAAAACAAUGCCAAUGAAUAUGCAGAUUAUACAUUUACAUUUCAGCUGUCAAGACAAGCUCUUAUUGGAGAUUUUAUACAAGAUUGGGUAUUUUCUUUUGGUUGAUUUUACAUUAAAAUAAUUUUUAUAUAGAUUUUUGUGUGCAAAAACCUUAAAAAGUCUAUAAAAAUGAGCUGUUAGGGGAAAACACCUAAGAUUUUUUCCAGAUUAACCCAUAAGCAGCUAAGCCAAUCCAGUAUAUAAUUAUUGAUUUUCCUAGACAAUAUUCUUCAUCUCUAACUACAGCAGUAACUUGCAGCAUGCCAUGCACUAUAUCAAACCUCCAAGUUACUCUUACAAGUAAUAAACUAAUAUAUACCCAAAGCUUUACUUCAGUCGCAGUUUAUAGCGUUCUGAAUCCUUCCACAUCUGGAGGUACCGGACCUUUUCAAAUUUCAGCUUAUUCUUCUCAAUAUUUAACCCAACGCAAUUCUGUGUUUGGGGUUAUUGGGAUUUCUCCUUCUCCUGGAGCUUUGACGUCUGCUCAGGUAGCUAUAGACACCAAUGGGAACUCCAAGGUAAAUUCCUCGACAAAUUAUUUAUUUAGCUUUAAAACCCAGACAAGCUUACAGAAAGGAAAUUGGAUGAAAUUUACGUUCCCUAAUGGUUUUCUUAUAAGCAAUACCCCAAGCUGCACAAAUUUGAAAAUCGAUGGAAAAUUGGCUCAAGCUAACAAUUAUUGUGUGGUUUCUGGGAAUGAGGUGACGCUUAAUGAGCUGCCUGUUGAUAUUUCAGCAAGCUCUUAUAUAUCAAUAAGCAUUUCUGCUACAACUCCAGGCUAUGUCCAGACAACUGGGAGUUUUAGCAUUCAAACAGGGACCACGAAAACAAAUUCUAUUAUAGACAAAGCGGUAAAUAUCCCAGGUAUAUCUAUAACAGCUGGUGAUAUAACUAACAUAUCAUUAACCCCUAAUAACUCUUUUAUAGCUUCACGUGGGAAAACUCAACUUUAUACACUAAAAUUUACCCCUGCCCAUUCUAUACCCCUAGGUGGGUCAAUUACUCUUGGAUUUAGCUCAAAUUUUAAUUGUGAUGGUAGCAGUAUUUUGUAUAUGAAUUAUGGGCUUAUCGAUAUUUCUCAGUUUCAGACCGUAACUAUGUCAUACUCUACAAGUACCAAAAUUCUAAUAAUAACUAAUUUUCAAGCUUUUAAGCCACAAGAAAUAUCACUGACAGUCCAAUUAACAAAUCUGCCGAACUCAGGAGCCACAAAAGCCAUUGCUAUAUCUACCCUGAAUGAGAAUGGGAAUACAAUAGACCAAAAUUUAUCUGACGCAAAAACCAUUAUUUCUAGCUAUACCUCACUUUCUGUUUCUUUAAAUAUGGCAAAUACACCAAAUAGUGUCCAAACAGCGACGUUUACAAUAAUCCCUAAUAUAUUAAUCCCAAACCAAGGGUAUGUCUGGUUUACUUUUCCAAGUGAUUUUACUAUUGGAAAUCCGACAAAUUCUAAUUGCCAAAUCACCCCUAAAAAUGUAGCAACUGAUAAUUCUUUAUCAUGCACUUCUGCAGGCACUACUAUAAAAGUCAAGCUUUUUUCAAGCACUUCUACCUACCCUGCAGGCUCAGGAGACUUUCUUUCUUAUCAUGACUCAAAAAUCGCUAUUUCUUCAGUCCUAACAACCCCUCAGUAUGAAGGAUAUUACUAUAUAGACGUCCAGUCCUAUGACCAAAAUUCUCUUUUAUUAGAAACUGGGUCUGUAAUAGUCCAUAUCACGUACCCAGCGUUUACUUCUUCUGGAUUCUUGCCUGUGCAUACAGUUAAAGAUACCCCUACACUUUUAAGCUUUACUAUAAGCCCAUCUGUAAAUAUCCCAUCUGCAGUAAUCCCUAAUGAUUUAACAAAUAGUUAUAGCUAUAUUGAAAUUUCAGUCCCCACAAAGGAUUCGACUAAUUUAUUAUUUAGGACUGAUUUAGGGCUAGGAGCUGGACAAGAAUCAUUAAUAGAAUGCAAAAGUCCUCAAAAACAAAUUAAUUGUUAUUUGGCACAAGUCCCAGCUUCAACUGGAGCUUCAAAUAAUGUAGUAAUCAGAAUAACAGGCUAUAGCCAGAUAAGCUCAGGGAGUACUGUAGAAUUUAUGUUCCCUAAUAUAAAAUAUUCACAAUCUGCAGUAUCAUCAAUAGGUUUUAUAGCAGCAUAUUUAAGAAGUAGUUAUAAAACAACCACUUUAAAUAGAGACACAGUUAAUUAUCUUGCAGGAAGUGACCCCACACAGUCAUCAACAGAUAGUGCGACGAUUUCUUUAUCAAAUUUAAACUUAUUUGCAGAUAGUGAGUUGACAAUAACAAGUUUUACAAUAUCAACAGAUACAACAUCAGGACUAAACUCAGCAAUUUUAGUGAGAAUAAGCCCUGUGCAUGGAGAAGGCUAUUGCACUGAUUCAAUAUCAUGUAUAUUUCUAUAAUAUAAUUCUAAGAAAUUAAAGCCUAUUAUUUGUAUUACUUAAUAUUUUAAAAAUAAAUGGUAUUCUUGUAUAUAAAGAAUAAAGUAGAUAAUAAUUCAAAAACAUGUUUUUGCUUCAGCGCUUCAAAUAUGAUUUAUAUCCAAAAUUCUGCCUUGUCGGCGGCUACUCAUACUUUAAGAAUAUCAGGACUUAAAAAUCCAGGAUCAGUGCCAGCAGGACGUAAUGGAAUAAUUAUAUAUGCAUGCCAAAAUAGUCUAGCUGAAAAUAUAGUCACUGAAUCCACGUAUAUUCCAGCAUUAACAGAAGGGACUCUUUUAAAAGCAACUUUAGAAGCUGACGAUUUGCAUAAAGGCUCAGCUGGGGUUACAUAUACAAUUAAGUUGCAGACCUUAAAUAAACUUCCUGAAAACUCAAAAAUUUUGAUAAAUUUUUCAAAUAUGUACACUUUGACUAGUCUCAGCCCAGGAUUAAUUUGUUCAUAUAUUGGGCUGCAACAAGCUUCUAAUGCAGGAAUUUCCUGCGUAGCCUCCACAACUACCAUCACAAUUUCUAACUUUUUAAGUCUUCCAGAAAAAUCUUAUAUAAACAUCAUGAUUUUUGGCUUCAUAAACCCUUCAAGCUCAGGCACAUUUUCAGUUAAAGUACAAACCAAUGAGGGAUAUACAAUAGAUAGCUUUAACUCUAUCCCAGAAUUAAAUUUUGAUACCCAAUAUACAGCUGGGGAGCUAUUUUGUGCAGAUUUAAGCCCAUUUCCAAGCAAUAGAUAUUUAUAUGCUGAUUAUAUGUUUUCUUGUGCAGUGACAAAUUAUAUACAUAUAGGAGGGUCUAUUCAUAUAUAUUUCCCAAGCCAAUAUGCAGCAUUUCCGUCACCUUUAUCUUGUAUUUUAGAUAGUGGAAUUUUAAAAUCAUGCACUAUGAAUGGUGCAGAAAUUGUGGCUGUAACAGCAAGUAAAAUUGAGGAAAAUUUUAUUUUAAGGGUAAGACAAAUACAAAACCCCGGCCAAGGGACUUUUUCGUCAUUUUAUGCACAUACAGAAUUUAAUGGGGUUACUUUAGAUACGACGCUACCAAGCACGUUUUCGGCUAAAAUAUUGGAAGAUCCAAAAUCUUUGUCUAUAUCUGAUAUAGUUUUUUACCCUAGAAAUGAAGGAGAAAUCGCUACUUAUGAAUUUUCUAUUUUACCUUCUGCUAGUUUUACUACAGACUAUAGCAUUUCUAUUAUUUUCCCAAAUUCCUAUGACAAUUGGCUAGGAAAUACGAUAAAAUGUUCAGGAUCCUAUGAUAUGUCUUGAAACAGCUCUAAUGACCAUGAAAUUUUAAUUACUUUAGCCUCUGAUUACACCUAUUGUAAAUCAUGCAAAAUUGAUAUUUCUCUAUACGGAAUUAUUAACCCAUCCUACACUUCUGCUAAAACUGAUUAUUUUAAGGUAGGGAUAAUAAGCGAAAAUGCAUGAAUUCAGUAUAAUGAUAAAGCAGGGCCUGCUUUAAUAUAUGAGUCUCCUAGCAUAAUGAUCCUGAACUAUUUAGUAAACUUAAAUUUGUAUACGAGGUAUUCUAAUAGCUUUUCUUUGGAUAUCACUUUUAAUGAUAUGGUGCCUAGCAAAGAUAAUGGAGGAGAAAUUUUUGUGGAUUUUCCUAGUCAGUAUUCUUUAGAUAACGCAAAUCCUGAAUGUACUACAAGUAAUUUCUGGCAAAAUGGAGCACCAGAUAUAGAAAAAUAUUAUAAUACUAUAAAAAUUGAAGGAAAUAGCGCCGCUUAUGCAGGAAAUUUAGAAAUUAAGAUUAAAAAUAUUUCGAACCCUCUGUAUGAAGGAAAAGUGGGGUCUUUGGUAGUCAGGACUUAUGAUGGUGUAAAUCAGGCUGUAAUGGGCCGGACUUAUCAGAAUGUAAAUUACUAUGAUUUUGACUAUGUAUACCCAGGACCUUUAAUUAAAAUAAAUUCUGAUGAAAUUGUCAGCGUAGAAGCAGGGUCAACUUCUAAAGACAUUUUUAUAACACUUGACUACCCCUGUGCUUUAGGCUUGAUUUUAAUACCUAACUGUGAAGGCUUCAUUUUUACGCCAAACCAAAUAUCAUUGUCUGUAGGACAAGUAAAAGCGUCAUUUACAAUUUCAGUUCCUUAUAUAACAAUUUCAGACACUUAUAUCCUCUGUUUUUUAAAUAUUAUUCUUUUUGCAUUAAAUAAUUAUUUUUUUUAUAUACAAUUGAAUAAAAUAUAUUGUUCAAUGGGCAAUAAGUGGAGAACUGUCAUCUCCAUUCUAUACACCCAUUUUUGAAAGCUAUUUAAGAGUAGUUCAUUUAAGAAACCUAGGCUCACGAAUCAAUGGAAUAUUAUCGGUUCCAGUGGGCGGGACGAGUUUGCCAUUAUCGUUUAUUCUUGAUGCGGCACCUGCAGAAGAUGUAUCAGUUUCGUUAGGAAUUUCAUAUACCAGCUCUGGCUUAACUGUUUCACCUUCUAUUCUAAAAUUUACUUCAAGUUCUUAUAUACAGAAAUUCAAUAUUUCCGCAUCCAGUGAUAUAACGCUUUCAGGUAUUCCUCUAUUAACUAUUUCUUUAUCAGGCACAAACAGAUUUAUCUACAGAAAUAUCCCAGUUAACAUCUCUUUUGGAAUUAUUUCAAGCGACAGCAUAUCCCCAGCAAUAAACUCUCUUACUUUAGAUAAAUCAGGAAAAUCCUCUGCAAGCUUUUCUGUAUCCUCAAAUAAAGCAGCCAUCGCAUACUACUCGUUAUCACUAUUUGGGGCACCAAAACCCUCCUUUUUAGACACAAAAAACCAAGUUUUAAGCUCCAAUGUGACGAAAAUUGUGUUUGGGUCUUUAAUUCUGUAUGGAGGAAUUAAUAAUGGUAUUGAUUUUGAUGGUCUUUUAGCCGAAACUUCAUAUGUGCUUUAUGUGUGACUUGAAGAUAUGGCUGGAAGAACCUCUUCUGAUGCGGCUUCUUGUGAGUUUGGCACAGAUUCUAGGUAUUCUGCUGCAAUGGCUGAGCUUCAUUUUAACCAAACUUAUUUAACGAAAUCUCAAGUGGAAAAAAUAGAAUCGGCACUAAUGACUGUUUUAAGUUUACCUGAGUCAAGGCUAAUUUCUACAUCAAGUGUGUCAAGAAGGCUUUCACAAAGCAAUGGGACUCUUUUUUAUUAUUAUUUUUAGUUAAUAUUGUAUUUAAAUUGAAGAGCUGUGACUCGUUUUUUAUUAUAAGAAAUUUAAUAAGAUAAAGUAUAUAUUGUUGAUGAUUUGUCAUAAAUAAAAUGGCAUUCGGUUCGAGAGAAAUUGGCUCUGCAAUUUUUCUCUCCCUCAUGGAAUUUUAUUUAUGGGGUUGGGUUUUCUCUCGAGAACUUCUGCACAGCAAUAGUCGUUUAACUUUGGGGAUAACCAAAGGCACGACUCCUCAGUGCACUCAAGAUUUCGGAGUUUUACCUCUCAGCACGUCCCCACGGGAGGAUGACCCUUAGGCGGAACACGCGCAGGAGCUGAGUCUGGACGAGCGACGGCAACGCGCCGGGUGAGAUGUGCGGCGAUUUAUCUGGCGACUAGCCUCAUAGAAGGCUUGGGUGUGGGCUGACCACAUAUUCCAAGAUGGCUUGGUGACGUCACUAGUUGUCGCUUUGACCCUUUUUUAUUGUUGAUGAUUUGUCAAGUACAAACUAUCCGACCCCACAAACAAUUAUUACUAGGCUAUUCCAACCAGCGUUUUCCAGCCUCAUCCCUUAUUAUGAUCAAUCUUCUAAAGCAAAAAUCCAAGCUGUAUAUUUUCAGCCUUGUAUUUAUGAAUUAUCUCCUAAAGUUUAUACAACUGGCAAGUAUAGUGAAAUUACUAUUUCAGUGGCUCUUAAAGAGGAUGGGUAUAUAUAUGCAACUGCGGUGGCUAAUAAAAAUAAUGCUUCAGUGCUGAUACCUCAGCAAGUUGUAUUAGGGGUUGAUUCAGAAAAUAAAAUAGUUCCAUCUAUUUCUGCAAAAAUGAGUGCAAGAGUAGCGACUAAUGUAACUGUUAGUGGAUUAAAUGGGUCUACAGACUACAAUGUAUACGUUAUCUGUGGAAAUAAUUAUCCAGGUAAUCCACAGUUUUCAGAAAAUGAGGUUGCAUUAACUAUUAAAACACUUGCUGUCCCUGCCCUAACACCACUUAGUUUAGACUCUGCAAAACAGUUGGUGAUUCUUGCAAUAUGUUUCUUAAUUGAGAUAAUUUAA